AUGCCAACCAAGCUAACAGAAGCAACUGGCGCUGAGCUGACCUAUCUCACACACCAUAGUGCAUUUCAGGAAUGUCUACAUAGAGAACUUAAGGCUAUCAGAGAACGGAAGAAUGGACUUGACAUGCACAAGAAGAUGCCGCAGUGUCUUACGGUAACAGAGAAGCCUGUAGGAUACUUUGCCAUUUCUAAGUCUAUCUUUGAGAAAAAGCUAGAGUCUUUGGUUGAUGUCCUUAUUGCUCUCAGCCGCGACCUCCGCACUGAUCAGGACGGGAAUGGCGGAAUGCAUAACCACUAUAAAGCCUUGAAAAGGACCAAAGAGCUGAUUUAG